UGUACGAGAACGCACGAACGCAUAGUCACACGCAGUCCGUAUAGCACACGAUCAAACUACGAGGCCAAUACAGAUUCAGCUAGGAGUGCGACAAGGAGAUGUGAUCUCCCCGAAACUAGUUACCGCUGCCUUGGAGAACUUUAAGCCUCUGAUCUGGAACGUAAUUUGGCAUCAACAUCAAUGGCGUGACAUUUGGUUUAAAGAGCAAUGGACGUCGGGCUCCCAAGGCGCUUGAAAGGCCCAUUAAAACAGCAUAUUGAAUUAAAAGAAUAAAGUUAUUGAUUUAAUCAACUUGCUGAAAACAAGGAAAACCAAAGCACCGAAAAAGACUUGAAUACAGAUAAUAAGUUUAUUACGUACCUACGUAGUUUACUGCGUAUAAUAUAUUCGUAGUAAACGUUAUCCAAAUACAAAUACAGAGGGAGCUGUAAAACGUGUAAUGGUUUCAAAUAAAACCAUAAAUGAUAAAUACUAUCGAAAGUUUAUGCUUCAAAUGAGAUAAUACUUUUUAUAUAAAACGUCGUCGAUAAUUGUGUUUACAAUGUGUAUUACAAGCCAACAAAUCAUCAAAAUGAAAUACUUCGUCGUGUUAGCCCUGUGCGUCGCUGCGGCGUCGGCGUUCGCCAUUCCCCCCGCGGUGAGUGGUGCGAACGCGGCUGAGAUUCAGCAGAUCAUCGACGCCAUCUACCACCCGAGCACUGACCCCGCCACCGCUGCCGCCCUCGAGCAAAUGCUCCUCGAGAUCCUCGGCAUCAACAAGCCCGUCGUCGUCGAGGACUCCAUUGUACCAGAGCGUCCUCCCAUCCACGUCGGACCCGCAAUCAUCGACGAGUCCAUCGUCUCUGAGCCCGCCAACUACCGCCCUCCUCUAGUGCAAGUCAUCGUCAACGUUAACACCAACGCUGGCAGUAACCCCGGUGUUGUAGAACAACCCGAAAUCCCCGAGGAUGUGAUUGUUGUUGAAAAACCCGAGAUUCCCGAAGAAGUUGUUGUUGAAAAACCCGAGAUUCCUGAAGAAGUCGUCGUUGUUGAAAAACCCGAGUUUCCUGCGGAAGAGAUUAUUGUUGAACAGCCCGAAAUCUCGGAACCCGUGAUUGUUAUGCCCAUUGACCCUAUUCCAGUCAUCACCUUACCUGAUGAACUUAACUAAGUAAUUACUUAUACCUACUUACAAUAAAUUAAUUAUA